AAUGACGAGCUUGACGAACCUCAUGGACGAAAAUUUGUAAUGUACGGAGGAUUGUGCAAAGAUCGUGACAUCCGUCUGCUUGGAGGUUGGAUGCAAGACAGAGGAGAGAAUGUCGGCCGUGAAACUACCCAACGAAAGGAGCCGCUUGCUUCGGUCGGAUACUGAAUCACUACCUGAGGAAUCCUCGGUGGUUGACCAUGAAUCAGUAUACGACGAGGAAUACCAUAGUCAGUCGAUCCGUCGACUCUCUUCCGCAAAUCUUCCACCUUAUCACGAAGACUAUCCUGCCACGGAAGAGCCGUCGUCGACGAUUGCAAUUUGGACCGUGGUUCCUGUGUCUCUCCUUGGCGUUUUUGUCGCAAAUGCCGAUGGGUCGCUCGUCGUCGCUUCAAGUCAGUACAUCUCUUCGGAAUUUGACCAACUCAACAAAGCAUCAUGGUUGAUCAUGAGUUUCGCAUUGGGCGUCUGUGCGAGUCAACCGCUCUAUGGUAAAUUAAGCGAUAUCUUCGGUCGCAAGGUAAACUUGGUCGCCGCGUAUAUUUUCUUUACAGCGGGAUGCUUUCUCUGUGGCAUUGGAAAAAAGUAUUGGCAUGUGCUCGCGGGCCGAGCCAUAUCGGGAGUUGGGGGAGCAGGAAUGACAGCACUCGUGUCUGUCAUCAUAGCGGAUAUGGUUCCUGUCCGCGAUGUCGCUACAUGGAGAAGCUAUGUCAACGUUGCUGCCACUUCGGGUCGCUCUCUGGGCGGCCCUGUCGGUGGAUGGCUCACUGAGACUGUCGGCUGGAGAUGGUCCUUCUAUGGACAAUGUCCACUCACCCUUAUCGGACUACUUCUUAUUCUAUGGAAACUUCCCCAUAAGACUAACCAAACUGGAAAUCAAGUCAGCCAGUCUUUCUCCCAGAAAUUUGGAAGAGUUGACGGAUUUGGCGCCAUCACAUUGGCCGGCUCUAUCUGCUCAUUCCUACUCCUACUACAGACAAGCACAAACGGAGCGUCGUGGCAGUACCAACUGGCAUCAGGAUUGUCCUUCGUAGUGCUCUCAGCCGGUUUUAUUGCGAUCGAAUACUCCCUUGUCGCCGAACCAAUCCUGCCAUUGGGGUUGCUGGCGAAAAGAGCAGUCCUCACAUCAUACUUGGUGGCUGGAGCUCAAAUUGCAGCACAAUUUUCAAUGUUCUACCUCGUACCAAUAUAUUUUCAGCUUGCCGGACUCUCUGUCUCUGCUGCAGGGUUGCGACUUGUACCGGCCGUGGUCGGUAACGCAGUAGGUGGUUUGAUCUCUGGUUAUGUCAUCCAAGCAACUGGCCGCUACAAAGGCCUGACCGUUUCCGCAAGUACAGCAGCAUCAGUUGGCUAUCUAUUGAUUCUGCUUCGAUGGCAUGGCACGACCCACUGGGUUGAAUUGAGUUAUUUUCUCCUUGGUGGGUUUGGCUCUGGCGUUCUUCAGUCGACCAGCUUCGUCCAUCUGGCGGCGAGCCUGGACCAAUCUGAGAUCGCUAUUGCUGGAACUUGUUUGUAUCUGACGCAGAACAUCUUCAUGCUGGUGGGUAUCCAAGGGGCUACCGCUGUUCUGCAGCCACACCUCAAAGCGAGCCUUGAACGGGACCUGAGUGGAGUGGAAAAUAAAGCUCAGAUAAUCACGAAAGUUACCUCCAAUAUCGAACUCAUCUGGCAGUUUCCCGAUUAUAUCAAAAAGACGGUCCUCCGGGACUAUUUCGAUAGCUUGACGGCAGCAUAUGGUAUCUCGUUGGGGUUUGCAGUGGUGGGAUUGAUGCUAGGGUUCACUAUCAGAGCCCGCAAGAUAUAAGUUCGGGUCUGCCAAACUAAACAUCCACUCUGACUCCAGAGAACCUUUGUGAUCUUCAAUUUCAGCUCACAGCAUUAUUUGCUCUUACAUAGGUGGUCGUACGGUGGUAUAGUCAAUCGGGAAGACGAACAGCUAAUGCUCAGAAAUUUCCAUUUGGGGUGAGUGUAGUAGCCAGGCAUGAAGGGUGGCUUUACAAUAGUGGGAUGUCAGUCUAUAUGUCUGAUACCUGCAUAUCAACCAGGUCGUAUUCUUUUGGAGUUCGCCUCCCAACAUCAUGCUGGAGUGGCCGUCUCGUGACUGCGCUAGGCCACGGCAUGAAGUGCCUCGCGACGCGAGACCGAAUUGGGAUCAAAGUAAGGCUUCUCUCCCAACGACACAACGCGAUUCCCCUGGCGUUUGCCGGUAUAAUCGUUCGUUGCCGUGUGGAAAACGGAGCGGUUGUCCCAGAUCGCCAGGUCAUUCUCGUUCCAUCGGAAGCGUACCUGCAAAUCAUGAUUCUCAGUUAUCAACUGCAAGAAGUACUCCUUCAGAAUCUCGCUUUCUCUAGGUGUGACAUUAUCAAUCCAACCAGCCGCAAUUUGAUGACCCGCUCCGAAAAGACUCUUCCAACCUGUGACUGGAUUGGUGCGGACUACAGGACUGAAUGAAGUGAAGUCAAGCCCAGUAUUUUCCGGAGCUCCACGGUCUUGGUCAAUAAGUUCUUCUCCAAAC